AUGUUCACCAAGUCCAUGUUGAGCUUCACCCUGGUUGUGGCCCUCUUUGCUGUCUGCCACACCAGUCCCGUUCCGGAUAAUAAUGGCAAGUAUACGGUUCCACAGCAAUCCUCUAGCGAUGGCAAAUAUCGCCCCAGCGACGAUGGAAAGUACCAUGGGAACUCGCAGAAUGAAGGAAGGAGUGGUUCGCAAGAUGGUUUAGGUCGCUAUCAUCACAUGCCCCAGCCAUACAGGCAUGUGGACGAUCAGCGUGAGCUUGGAAUCUACCACCACAUUCCCAAUCCCUAUGAUGGCGGUUAUGGACCCUAUGCCGGUUUGAACCUUCCUUAUGUCCAUGACGACAGGCCCUACAACCACGACCUGUACACAAGCACGACCACCAAGAAACCCACCACCACCACCAAGAGGACGACGACCACAACCACCACGACCACCACCACGCCAAGGAGUAUCCUGUUCAACUACGAUGACGAGGGUCGCCACAAGAUUCUGCACAAGGAAGAGGUCCGCAAGCAGGACAAAUACGAUCAUUCUUACCUGACCGAGAACGGAAUCUACGGCGAGGAACAGGCCAAGCUCCACCACACUGGAGGAACCCACGCCAAGGGCUUCUAUGAGUACACCGGCGACGAUGGCAAGCUGUAUCGCGUGAACUACGCCUCCAACGAUGGCGGCUUCAUGCCCGAGGGCGACCACAUCCAUCCGAUUCCCGAUGCCAUCGCUCGUGCCCUCAAGUACGUGGAGGAGCAGCACAAGGCCAAUGGCGGAGCUCAGUUCGACCAUCGCGGCUUCCGCAUCAAUCACAUGACCAAGGACAUCAAGGCCCAGAUCAAGGCGAUACAUCUGGAGAGGAUGCCCAAGGAGCUGAGCGAGCAGAUCCGCAUGCUGGAGCACGAGGUGGAGCUCGCCGAGGAGGAGGAGCGCGAGGAGCAGGCCGAGCUGGAGCGCCUCCGCAAGGCAGCCAAGCUCCACUAAG